UCUUAGAAUAAAUUGACAAUCUGGUCCUUAAAAAAUUCAACUUAUUAUUUACUACUAUUAACUAAUAAUUCUCAAGAAUUAACUGGGGUUUAUGGAUUUUAAUAACACUAACAAUUUACACUGAAUAUUCUCAUGAGUUUAGGGUUUAUGGAUUCCUCGAAGCUCCGGCUCGUGAGCGGCAGCGUCCGGCAGCGCAGUUCAGCACCGCUCGCCCCACUAUCGCAAUGCCUCCGUCCCGACAGGAGCACGGAGAAUCCGCGCGUGUUGACCAGGGCAAGCGGCGAAAUCCUGGCAUCGCAGCAGCAGGGUCAUUCGAUCGGGCAGCAGCUGCUCGCGCCGCCGCCGCCCAGUCCCGCCCGCCAAAUCCCGCGGGAGCUGGAUCCGCUGCGAAUGCCGGAGCACGUCGCGAUUAUAAUGGAUGGGAACUCUCGCUGGGCCAAGCUCCGGGGAUUGGCCACCGACAGGGGGCACGAGGCCGGCGUGCAUGCAUUGCGAGAGAUCGUGGCCGCCUCCAGCCGCUUGGGUAUUAAAAUUCUCACCGUCUUUGCCUUCUCCACCGAGAACUGGCGUCGUCCCACGAUUGAAAUCCAGUUCCUGAUGCAACUGUUCGAGAGAGUGAUCUCGGAGGACUCCAUGAACAUCUUCACGAAGGGAAUUUGUGUCCAUUUCAUUGGAGAUCUGUCCAGGCUUCCAGGCACUCUACGCUUGCUGGCGUGUCAAAUCCAGGAGCGAACGCGCCACAACAAAGGUCUCAAGCUGGUGGUGGGAUUAAGCUACAGUGGUCGACAGGACUUGGUCCAGGCUUGCAAGGCUGUGGCGGCGGAAGUCCAGCGGGGGAGUGUUGAUCUCGACGAGAUUGAUGAGUCCAAAUUGGAGAGCAAGCUCCUCACGACUUGGGACGAGGAAAUCAGCGAUCCGGACUUGCUGAUCCGGACAAGCGGCGAGAAGAGGCUGAGUAACUUCAUGCUCUGGCAGCUGGCCUACACGGAGCUCGUGUUUGUGCCCGAGCUAUGGCCGGAUUUUGGAGAGAAUGAGUACCGGGUGGCACUGGCCGAGUAUCAAGAGAGGGAUAGACGUUUCGGGAGGCACCAAAACAAAUAGAAAUCUCUCUACAAUGAUCGAAUAAGUAGCUUUUGAUAUGUUUUGAUUUAUAUUUUUUAUUUAAAUGAGUUCUGUAAA